AUGUUCACAUUGUGUCUAGUGGACGUGUCGACGACCAGGACAUAUUCCUCCGUGGCUUUGAGAUUCUCCAGGUGUCGUCUGCAAUUUAUAGUACCAUCAAUUCCAAUUGAGGACCACCACCGUCGGCGCUACUCUUCUUCUUCACCCCCCUCUUCCUCCCCCUCCUCUGCUCCUCCCAUUGGCCUCGGCGGCCUCUGCUCUCGACGGCCUAGCACAAUCCAGCAAUUACGUGGUGGUGCCCCUCCUGCUGCUACUACUGCUGCUGCUACUCUCACCACCACCACCACCACCACCACCACAAAGUGGCCAUCAUCAGUGCGGACCUCCAUGGACAAUUUCUUCAUCGACGCCCUCGUGCGGGCGAGUCUCUGCAAACACCACUCCUCGACCCUCCCCACGCCCGCCCGCACCCGCGCAAUCUGCACCAUCCGCCGCGUGCCCUCCAGCCCGCACCACGACUUCCCCAUCAUCGACCUCACCCCGCGCCCGCCCUUCUCCCCCGCCGUCAAGUCCGAGCUCAAAUCCUUCUCCGACCCCUACUACGACGGGUCCUACGACGACGACUCCCCCGCCCACCCCGCCACACCCGACGACCUCGACGACGACGAUGCCCCGCCGCCCAAGCCAUUCCCCAACGACCCCAAGGCAACUGUUCGGCCCCCGCUCCCAUGGCACGCCUGCACCACGCCCGAGUCCCAAUCCGCGCUGCGGCGCUUCAAGCGGCACCUCGCUGACCCGCACACCCCCCACGAAACCCUCUACCGGAGCUACCGCGCCCUGCCCACCCCGCAGAUCCUACACCUGCAACUCCACCACAUCAACGCCUUCACCGCGCGCAUGAUGACCGUCCCCCAGCGCACCGAGCCCGCCAUGCUCCGCUACCUCGCAGUCCUCGACGACCUCCGCGCCGCCUCCCUCCCCAUCACCCGCCCCGAAUACAACGCCGCCAUCUCCUUCGUCGCCCGCUCCUUCGACGCCGUCACCCCCUCCGACGCAAAAGCCGCCAUCCACCUCUGGCAGCAGUCCGAGUCCCCCACCACCACCACCACCGCCGCCGCCGCCGCCGGCGUACCCAGCGACAUCACAACAUUCAACAUCCUCCUCGACAUGGCGUCCAAAUCCGACACGCCGCUCCUCGUCGAAUGGCUGCUGCGCGAGCUCUCCUCGCGCGGAAUGGCGCCAGACCGCUUCACACACACAACGCUCAUCACGUACCACGGUCUCCGCGGCGACGGCGAGGGCGUGCGGAUGGCAUACCGCGCGCUCGUCGACGCCGGCGAGAUCGUCGACACAGUGGUCCUCAACGCCGUGAUGGCCGCCUUCCUGCGCGCCGGGCAGCCGCAGAGCGCCGAGUACAUCUACGAGAACAUGAAGCGGGCCGCUCUGGACCCGGGGCACCCGCCGCCGGCGCGGGGGCCGGCGGACAGAGACUGGGUUGGGAAGCGGCGGUGGGCAAAGGUGCUGAAAGCCGUAGCGGAGCGGCGGCGACGAAUCAUCGGCGGGUAUAUGAAGGAGUUUAAUGCGUCGCUUGCGCCGGACGUGUACACGUUCAACAUGGUUGUGCUGCAGAGCGCAAAGACGGGGGAUUAUGAGCGGGCGAUGGCGCUGUUUCGGGAGAUGGGGGUGCUGGGGGUGCGCGUGGAUGAGACGAUUUUGGUGGCGCUGUUGAAGGGGUUUUAUUGGUAUGGGGGCAUGAGCCAGACGCCGUGGACGCCCGAGAGGCUGGAGGAGGUGGUGGCGUGGGCGUUUGAUGCGCGGAGGGGCAUCGUGAUGGAGAAGAGCUUGGCGAAGUGGAUACUGAUGAGUACGGCGAGGGUGUAUAAUAGCAAGGAGCUUGUGCUGAAGAUUUGGCCGAGGAUCACGAAGAGGUGGGUGCGACAGGGUGGGGAGGUGGAUCCGGAGACUCGUGAGGUUUUGAAGGGCUUGGUGGGGCACGGGGGGGGAGGUGCGUGA